UACACUAAGUGUGAUAAGGUAUUCGUUUAGGAAAAUCAAGAUGGCCAACGAAGUGGUUCACGCUCCUAACAAAACAUGGGAAUUAACUUUAUACGAACUUCAUCGGACACCCCAGGAACUUAUCACGGACAGUACAGAAAUGGCUGUUUCUCCAAGGAGUUUACAUAAUGAGCUAAUGUGUCCUAUUUGUUUGGACAUGUUGAAAACAACAAUGACAACCAAGGAGUGUUUACAUCGGUUUUGUCAAGAAUGCAUUAUCACAGCAUUACGUAGCGGCAACAAGGAAUGCCCUACUUGUCGGAAAAAGCUUGUUUCUAAACGAUCCCUUCGCCCAGAUCCGAAUUUUGAUGCCUUGAUCUCUAAAAUAUAUCCAAGUCGUGAUGAGUACGAAGCUCAACAACAGCGAGUGCUUGAUAAAUUAAAUAGACAUCACAAUUCGACAGCGCUUACUAACAGUAUCGAAGAGGGUCUUCGACGACAAGCAGAAAACCGGGUUCAGAGGGUUCGGAAACUUCCAUUGGAAGGAGCUCCUGUUUACGAUGCAGCUUUUCAAAAUCAGCAAACCACUCCAUUGACUUCCCAGUCGUCUCAACAGCAGCAGCUGCCGUCCAGCACCCCUGGUUCUCAACAACAACCAUCUUUGUCUAACAACAAUAAUAGUACCAGUAAUAAUAGUCACCACCAUCAUGCACAACAACAACAACAACAACAGCAGCAACAACAGCAUCAUCAUCAUCAACAACAACAUCAACAGUCAUCACAACAACAGAGCACAUCAUCAUCGUCAUCAUCAUCAUCAUUGUCGUCGUCAAACAAUUCCGAUGUGCUGAAUACCACUCCAAGUAAACGACUGAAGACUUCUUCGGAAGAGUCUAGUGCUGAGAAUUCCGUCGGUGAAGGAAGUACCGAACAACAGCAAUUGCAGGAGGCUACAGUCAGUGAUAUUGAACUUGUGUUCAAACCUCAUCCUCAGGAUGGAGAUGUUGUAGUUGACCAUUCCAACACCAGAUACAUCAAAACUACUGCUAACGCCACAGUUGAUCACCUAUCCAAGUACCUAGCUAUUAGACUAUCUGUUGAAAAUGGUUCAUUAAGUACACCCGCCGAAAAUAACAAGUAUAUGAUUUUUAUUGCAACAUCGCCAGGAAAUUUUGCACACCUGAAUGGUUCUAUGACCCUGGAUCAGGUGAAUGAUAAGUACUGGAAAGUCAACAAGCCACUAGAAAUGUUUUACUCCUUGCAAAAGAAAAGUGGCCAAGAUGCUAACUCCUGCACUUUGUCAUCCACUUCUUCAGGUAGCUUAUGUCAAGUAUCAUCACAGAAGAAGAGUGGGGGAGAGAAGUGAGAACUGAUGUAGAUUGCUGGAUAAAUCUACUUCCUAACUUGCUGGUUACUUGUCAAUCUUUCUCAUUUCGCCCUUCUCUCUCCAUUUCUUCAAACAUUUUUCAUUCAAUAGACUAUCCAUUAGACUGUUCAUUUUAACUAUUCAAUAGAAUAUUCAUUUUGUCUCAAACAUCAUCAUCUCACCUCCUAUUUUUUUCAAUUUAAAAAAUUUUUAUUUUUCUCUCACCUGAUAUUUUUAAAUUACACCUAGCAUCUACUAGUGGGCACCCCCUUUUCAUUUCCUCUCUUCUAAUUUUCCUUAAUUGCAAAUAUUUUGCUUUCUUCAUUCUUUUCAAGGUACCUGGUCUCUCUCACUUAGUCAUUUUUGAAUCUAGCUAUUAGUCUCAUUUAAACAUCGUAGUUUCUAUUUCUCAUUGGAAACUCAUUCACUUCUCUCUCUCUCUUACAUUGAUUUCUGGUCAUCUUUGUUCUCAUUACUAUAUUUUGUGUACCUUGUUCUUGCUUCUCUUCUCUUUAUCAUACAUAGAAUAAAAUGCCCUGAACUUUAACUUGUAGCAUCUGGUCUAACUUAUGGCAAAGCAUUGGAGUGGUUUUACUUGAUGCUUUUGAUUGCCUCAAAAACUGCCUUCAUACAACCUGGAAUGUCAUUGUAAGAUCUUAAUAGCCCUACUAACUGUAUAUUUUAAUAAUUAAUAACGUUCCUUUUUUUUUUUUUUUUUUUUUUUACAAUACCACUCCCCUUCUCUGCUUGUCUUAUAUGCCAUCAUUCUUGUCAAAUUGCUAUACAACAAGAUAUUCUUUGAUGAAAGACAAGGAACAUUGAAAUUUUAAAAAAAAGAAAUUGAAACCAUAUCGAACAAUUUUUUUUUCUUCUCUACAUGUAUCUAUUCUAUCCUUUACAUUUCAUUGUAUUUUCCAUCUAUUCUUAAUACUGUUUCUCUACUUCCUGUCACCCCAGCCCUCCAUUAUCCUUAGGGCUAGUCAACCCAGCUGUGUAUUUGGUGGUAUUUGUAUAAUCAGUUUAUUAUUUAGAAAUGAUUCAGCAAACUUUCCCACACCUCUUAGCUGUCAUUUUAGUUCUACAUUUGGUUGGUUGUGAAAGUAUGGACGUUUGGAUUAUCUCAGCAGCUAGCUGCAGUUCUUCAUCUAACUGCUUCAGUGGCCAGAGUUGCUGAACAAUUUGCUGCUGAUACAUCAUCAACUACAACCAACCUAUUGACUAUGUUCCUUGAUAAUCUGAAUAGUUUUCAACUGGAAUAAAUAUAUUAAUUGUG